UUAUCCGCGCCAUCUCUGCCGCGUCUCUCUUCAAAACCAGUGACAUCAUCACACACACCCAACACCUAUAUUCAGGAACAAAAAACGGAAAAUAAUUGACAACACGACAAGUGAUGUUUGUCCGUUCACCACGGUUUGAUGCCGUCCGCAUGCUCCGGUGCCGCUGCUCCGGUGCCGCUGCGCCGGGGCCGCUGUGGUCAGUCCUAGCACGACCAAACUCGACCCGCUCCGCUUCGUACACGCUCUCGUUGCUGUCCUUCCCAGUCGGUUGCUCGCUUUCUCCCUCGGUGCAGUUAGGGUUCUUGGUCUGA